GUGGGGCGGGCUCGGGGAGGAGGCGAAUCCCGACCCUUCCGAGGGGCCCCUGCGCGGAGCAGCCGGGAAGGCGGCGAAGAUGGACACCUUUGUUCCUUAUAAGGAAAUCAUCCUCAUGUAUUUAGAAAAAGCAAGGACCUUUGUGAAUGGACAGUGUGCUGGCAUUGAACCCUGGCAAUUGAUUGGCUCGACAUUUGCUUCUACUCUGGUGGUGGUGUGGCUGCACGGUAUCCUCUUCCAACCAGAGAGUUUAACAUCACGAAGUAAAAAAUGGUUCUUUAAAACUCUAAGAAAACUGCCUUUUGUUGGCGCCAUAAUACAGAAGCAGUUUAACAAGGCCUUGGAUGAUGUAGCCUCUGGUUUGCACUUCCUGAAUGAUGGAAAGGGUUAUAUCAAAGCAUUGCCAGCGCAAGGCAUGAGCCAACCUGUACUACUAGAGAAGAUGAAGGAGUACAGCUCUAUGGGUAAAGUACAUUGGGAGGAUGGGAAAGUCUCUGGGACAGUAUACAGCGGGGAAGAGAAACUCACUCACCUGCUAGUGAAGGUUUAUGAGGAGUUUGCAUGGAGUAAUCCCCUUCAUCCAGAUGUAUUCCCAGGCCUGAGGAAGAUGGAAGCGGAGGUGGUGAGGAUGGCCUGCACACUCUUCAAUGGGGGACCUAAUUCCUGUGGAGUAAUGACCUCUGGUGGGACUGAGAGCAUUUUGAUGGCCUGUAAAGCCUACAGGGAUCUAGCCUACGAGAGAGGAAUCAAGCACCCAGAAAUACUGGUUCCAAUGAGUGUUCAUGCAGCAUUCGAUAAAGCAGCUCAUUAUUUUGGACUGAAGAUUGUGCACAUACCGUUGACCAAGACCAUGCAAGUGGAUGUUCAGGCAAUGAAAAGGGCUAUUUCAAAGAACACUGCGAUGCUGACCUGUUCAGCUCCCCAGUUCCCCCAUGGAGUUAUGGAUCCAAUUGAGGAGGUGGCAAAGCUGGCACUGAAGUAUAGAAUCCCCUUCCAUGUGGAUGCCUGUCUGGGUGGCUUCCUCAUUGCUUUCAUGGAGAAGGCAGGGUUUCCACUACAGCGUCCAUUUGACUUCCGUGUGGAAGGUGUGACUAGCAUUUCUGCAGAUACCCACAAGUAUGGCUAUGCCCCGAAAGGCUCUUCAGUGGUAUUGUACAGUGACAAGAAAUACAGGCACUAUCAGUUCUUUGUUGCACCUGACUGGCAAGGGGGCAUCUAUGCCUCCCCCACCAUUGCUGGCUCCAGACCUGGUGGCAUCAUUGCAGCUUGCUGGGCAACCCUGAUGUACAUGGGAGAAGAUGGUUAUGUUGAGGCUACUAAGAAGAUCAUUAGUACUGCACGGUUCAUUGAAUCAGGGUUGCGGAAAAUUGACAACAUCCAAAUCUUUGGGAAACCUGAGGUGUCUGUCAUCUCUAUCGGAUCAGAUGUUUUUGACAUCUAUCGGCUGUCAAAUUUGUUAAGCACUAGAGGAUGGAACUUAAAUGUCCUGCAGUUCCCGUCAAGCAUCCAUCUCUGCAUUACGCUGUUGCACACAAAACCUGGCAUUGCAGAACAAUUCUUGGAGGAUGUCAGAGACUGUGUCUUAGAGAUCAUGAAGGACCCUAAAGCCAAGACCACUGGCAUGGGUGCCAUCUAUGGAAUGGCGCAGUCCAUCCCAGACAGGAACAUGGUAUCAGAGAUUUCUCAUGCAUACUUGGACUGCCUCUAUAGCACAGACAUCCCUUCCAGUGACAAACACAUGAACGGUUCUCCUGGACACUCCUGAAUGUAGUAACUGGUACUUUGCCAGCCAGCUCUGAGGUGGUAUUCUGAAUUCCUGGAGGAAGGAGAUCAUACUAAGCUACUGUCUUUGAUCCUGCAAAUGCAGGCGGCAGCUUUAUCUACAGAACUUUCCUCCCCUUUCUCUUUGUCUCAUCCCUCUACUUUCUGAAAUCAACUUUUGAGUAAUUUCAGCUGUCUUUGUCACUUCUCAAUAGUUGGUUUAGUUUUAAUUUUUCUAUUGUAUCACCUUAGUUAGCUACCAAGACUAGUCCUAAAAGUCUUGGGUGGAAUGGCAUUGUUAUGGCAAUUGAAUGUCCAUUCCACAACCCCCUAACUCCUCAGGUAUUCUGUCUUUGUUUAUUCUGUACCGUUUCUUUUCCUGGAAGAAAAGCUGUGGAUCUUUUAUUUAGUGAAUGCCCCACUAGGAUUUGGGUUCUUUGUAAUUGUCUGAAACAUAGAGACAUUGAGGCAACCUCCCCAGAAGUUGGAGGUAGAAAGUGAAUUGAACACAAGUAUUCGGUGACUCCUCCAACGGUACUGCUAACUACUGUAGGAAACCGUGUUUAACAAAUUGUGUGAUGGGGGGAUUAUAUCUUGCUAACUCUGAACAUGAUAGUCUUUCCUUUAUUGAUUCACCAAUCCAGUUUUUGAAUUCUCUACAUAUGGAGAUCCAGUUAGAUACAGUUGUCAAUUUAUAGAUAGUAAUUUCUUUGGAUGACUUUCUUAAUGUAAGCAACUCUUCCUGAGCCUUGUAUAAAUUGCAAUAGAAGUAGAAAGUUAAUUUUAAACCAACCGGGUAGGAUAGGGGAAAGAGUCUGAAGGUACUCCGCAAGAACCACUCUUUAUACAGUAUCAUUGCUUUCCUGCCUCUUGUUCUAGAACUUUUACAUUACCACCCAUAAUGCUGUUGUAUCUUGCACAACUCUGGAGGAGAGCAAAAUGAUUAUUUUAUUGUAUGUAACUUGAAGGUUUUGCACUAUCCUAAAAUGCUGCAGUGAAGUCAGUUGAGCCUUGCUCUGUGUAAUGGCUUGGGAUUUGUGCAAACAUAUGGCACCAAAGUUAACUUUUUUUACACCGUCGUUUAAUAUGAAGAGAUGACUUUUUGUAAAAGAAAGUAGUGGUUUCUGUCUGCUCUUUGCACUGACUCUUUUAAGGCACAUUUUCAAAGGGCAUUCACCAGUGUGCCUUGACACUGCUCCAGCUUUUCCUGAGACGUCAGGAAGAGUAUGAUGGAUCAGCUGCUGACUGUGGUGUGGCCUUGGUCAUCUCCUUAUGGUACUAGCUUGAAAAUAAGCCGUAGCAAAUUGGACUCAGGUACAGUACACUCCACCCUCAAUGUAAUAGUCUUAUUGAGCCAAGUGUUUUCAGUGUUAUAAAGGUGUUGAUAUAGUGCUGAGCGUGAGGUGUUAUGGUGGGAUCUAAUUAAUAUUGAAAGUAUGAAGGUCUUGGGUUCUGAGGAGGGGGUCUCUAUCAAGAAUUAGCUUACUUUGUCCUUUAUGCAGACUGCAUUGAGUAGCCUUGUAAAAUGGUUGCAGCCCCGUAAAGAAACUAGAAAAGCUUUUGAUGCUAAUCAUUGGUGUGGUUAGCCCUGUAGAGCCUUAUAAUUAGGGUGGAGUGCAUUUUCCAAUACUCAUUCUUUUGAUCCAUUUCUGCAUACUACUAGACACUUCAAAUGCAAACAACUCUCACAAGAGGUGGUUGCAUUAUGCAAUGCUUCCUGGGAGAAAAAAAAAAGUGCUGUAAAUCUUAAAGGAGUGGCCCCCCUUCACCUCCAGUACUGGAUUUGCUUGCAUCCAAACUGCUCCUGAGUGACUCAACAUGUCUGAAACGCACACUUGCACAGUAGCUAUGCAAAGUGAGAGUGAAUUACGAGCCAUUGCUAAAGCAAGCUUAGUGCUGGGUUCAAAGUCUGUGGAUGAGGAUAUUCUCUUUUUAAAAUAUAUCUACUAUUCUGAACUCUGAGUCAAUACAGCUUAGCCAUCUUAUAGAUUUCAGUAAGAUAAGGUGGGCACAUGUCUACUUACUCAAAGAAUUCUUUUCAGCCCUCUUCUUGAAACAUUUAAUUCAAAUUGCCAGAUACUCCAUUUGUGUCUUGCUGACUUAGUCAACAUGAAUUGGACCUAAUAAUUCGUAUCCUGCCAUCUGAGGAUCACUGCAUCUCUCACUGUAUACUGUACUUUGGAAAGGGAUCUUCUAUAUAAAUUCCCAGCUAUUUUGAUAGUUGACUUCCAACCCAGACCUAAAAAAAGGGAAAAACAGUUCUAAAAAACCCUCUCCAAUUCUCCUUAUCUUCUUCCCCAGGAAUUACAUGGGGCUAACAAAUCAAUGUUUCAAUUCACUUUUUUUUUUUUUUUAAUGUACUUGAAGAGGUAUUUGUCUCUGUGUACUCCAUUCUGGGCUUCAUGUACUGUUAAUGCUUGUGACUCUUUGAUUAUGUUUUAUGUACAUUUGAUCUAUACUGUAAAUGUAAUCUGUUCUGCACACUGUAUGUUACUAGUAUGCAGUCUUUAUUUGCCUUUGCCAUUUUAAUAUAGAAUCUGUAUCUGCUUUAUCAUGCAUACUGUUUUUAGAAAAAUUGUGACAUUAAUACAUUAUUUACUGGGUUUUAAACUCUACAGAGUGGAUUGUAAUCUGAAACUUGAUGGUACUUUUCUAGGGGCAGGAGGUUCCCAAAAUAUCAAAUUCUAUCUUCCUGUAAGAGUUUUUCAAACAAGGUAUUUAAACACUGGCAAUGUUUCAGGGUGGAGAGGAAUUAAUGUGCCUGUGAAGGGCUCACAAGGAAGGUAGCUGCUUGCAGAUGUUUAACCUUUAUUUGCCAAAUGGAACACUAUAUCCUAUGUAAAGUGUCAGGGUGCAGUGGAUACUGCUGAGCCAUUGAUUCCAUCUGCGCUUUCUUGAUGCUUUCAAGAAGAUUAAGAUGCAUAUAAUGAGACUAUGACACACAUUACAUGUGCACCCAUUGUUUUUAAGGGGCCUCCAGGGCAGGAUUUGCUCUGAUGGUGAUAUUCUGUAACAUUCACUCUCGCUUAUUACUGGUUAAAACUCUGUAGACUGAAAUUAUUGAAGAGAUGGUAAAAUACUGUAGUGGAGAGUCCUUUUUGUAUUAAAAUGGUUCACUUAAUUAUCCAAGCCCACUGUAUUUAUUGAAGAAGGGUUUUCUAAACCACUAGCCGGAAUCUUUGGUGAUCCAGCCAUGAUUUUGCAGGGAGGUGGUGUCUUUUCAGUGCUGGUACAUAGCCUAGGCCACUGCUCCUGGCUUGUGCGUUGGUGUGGUUUCCUGUUCAUUAAUGUGAAUUACAGCUUUGCAACUGCUUUUCUUCCUGCCUCCCAGAUAAGGGCAUUGACUCUGACUGCUCUUAACAUGUGGUGUUUAAGGGUAUUAAAGGAAGGCUAUAUUAAGGAGCUGUGGAUUUUCUAUAGUGAAUUCUGGCGUUAGACAAAUAUAAGGGUUAGACCUGAGUCAGCCACUUGUAGAGCUCCUCUUAGAAUGUUGGUCUUGUGGUUUUUGCCCUGACAAAAUCAGAUACCCAUGU